AUGGCCGUCACACAUCAAGCACACACCUUCAUAGACACCACAAAAUACAAGAGCUGUCCGCUCAAGAAGCGUCCCAUCAUCUACGAGACCAAACCCGAAACCAGUGCGCCAAUGAUUGCUUCUUCCCAAUUUUACGAUGCACCGGUGGCGCACAUAAAGCAGGAACCGCUGGAACCUGAGCUGCCGCAUCAAGGCGAACAUCCGCAAGAUCUCUCGUUGAAGCGUAAAUCCAGCAGCAUUCAUUUUGAGGAGUACACAUUCCCUGUCAAGCGCGAGUGCGCGCUAGAUCUCUCGAAGGAGAGCUCCAGGUCAAGCAUAACGACGCAAUUGCUUUCACCAUCCAAUCAGUAUCGUCUCGUAUCGCCUGCCAAUUCUGUCACUCCACUCUACGCUGAUUUGGCUAUGAAUCUUGGCAUGCUCACGCCCUGCUCGAACGCCGACUGUGAGUCAGACUAUACUCACCAUCAGCAGCAGCAGCAGCAGAUGCCAGAGGAUAUACAUCUGCGUGGCUUAACUGCCGAUACCUGCAGUUACACCACAGCAGCUACCAACUACAAAGCUGCGUUUGCGCAGGCCGCAGGCGUUACACCAGUGACGGCGCUCUGGAAUUCCUACCUGCCCAAUGUCGGUAAUCUUCACUCGAUUUUCCCAUCACCAGCCUUAUCGAUUGCCAGCUCACCGCGUUCGGUAAACAGUUAUCAGCAAAUGACGCCACCAUCCAGUCCGAAUUCGGCGGAUGACAAUAGUGCAGUGCCCGAGGAUCUCAGUGUGCGUAGUGAUAUACCAGUGUCGGUGAUCCAUCAUGCGAGUGCCAAGUUGCUACAGGAUUCAUUGCAUAGCAGUGAUAGUGAGUGCUACAACAACAGCAACAAUAACAGUAUGUCCAACAAACAUGGCCAUUACCGUUUCAAAUGCGAUAAGUGCAACAAAAUGUAUUCCACUUCGAUUGGUUUGUCAAAGCACCAGCAAUUCCAUUGCCCGGCUGCCGAGUGCAAUCAGCAAAAGAAGCAACAUUCGUGCCAGGAUUGUGGCAAGCUCUACACUACCAUUGGCGCACUAAAGAUGCACAUACGCACCCAUACACUGCCCUGCAAAUGUCCCAUUUGCUUCAAGGCGUUCUCGCGCCCUUGGCUGCUGCAGGGUCACAUACGCACGCACACCGGCGAGAAACCAUUCCAAUGCAACGACUGCCCGCGCUCCUUUGCCGAUCGCUCCAACUUGCGCGCCCACCAGCAGACACAUGUCGAGGUGAAGAAGUACGCUUGCAAGGCUUGCGGCAAAUCCUUUUCGCGCAUGUCGCUGCUCAACAAACACAUCACCACAAAUUGCACCAGCACAACUACGCAGAUAAGCGUGCAUGUAGAGGGGAAGUGGCAAGUUGAAUAA